AUGGCACAAAGUUUAGAUGAACUCAAAACGUCUCGUGCUUCUACAAAAGGAAGCAUAACUCGAAUCAAGAACUUGGUUGAUUCAAGAGUAUUGUCUACAACGGAACUCGAAUGCCGUUUAGGAAUUCUGGAAUCAUACUUUAAGCAGGGAUUAGCCUACCAAACCGCUAUUGAAAGUCAUGCACCUGCAGAUACUACUGGUCGUAGUGAAUUAGAGGAUUUGUACGUGUCUACAAAAGAAAAAAUUCUGUUGCUAAUGGGGAGUGAAAGGAGGAACAGUUCCUUGGACACGACGUUAUCAAUUCCUCAAAUUGUAGGCAGUCAUUUACCGAAACUUAAACUACCUCGCUUCGAUGGAAAAUAUUCCGAUUACAAAAACUUUAUCAACUCAUUUACAAAACUUGUCGAUAGUAAUGUCACCCUUUCGAAAAUAGAAAAAUUUAACCAUCUGCUUAGUUGCUUACAAGGUGCAGCGCUUAGCACUGUAAAGGCAUUUCAAGUUACAGAUGAAAAUUAUGAAAAGGCUCUCGAACGAUUAAAAGAACGUUUUGAUAAUGAUUGUCUUAUUUUCCUAGAGAAUAUAUCCCAACUUUUCGAUUUACCUAAGGUUCAAAAAUCUUCUGCGGCACAGUUAAGAAACUUGGUAAACGAUGUUUCAGCUUUGUUCAGCUCAUUAAAGUCAUUAGCUAAAUGGGACGAACAAUUCGACUACAAAACUCUUCCAACGUGGCAGAAAUGUUCAGACCUAAUAAAUAAGCGUUGUCAGUAUUUGGAAGCUCGAGAAAGCAAGACUUUGCGUCAAGAACCAAGACUCAUUAAGACAGAAAGUAAAAAAUCUUCUUUUCGACCCAAGUAUUCGGCUGCAGACACCUUUCGUCAAACAUCGUUAGCUACGAUGCAACGUCCUUGUAGUUUUUGUGGAGAUAAUUCUCAUGCUAUAAGCAAUUGCGCUUCUUUUCUUCAAUUAUCUACUAUGGACAGAUUCACUAAUGUAAAAAAUUUGGGUAUUUGUAUCAACUGCCUUGCUAAAGGCCACAAUGUAACAAAAUGUUUUUCAGCCAUAAGGUGCAAACACUGCAAAAAGAAACAUCAUUCGGUGCUUCAUCGUCAAGGCGGUGAAACAAAGGUGACUGGAAAUGAAACGUCGCAAACUGGGUCUUCAUCCGCUACAACCAAUUCUGCAAUGGAAAAAGAUAUGCUUCAAUCUAAAGCUCAAGUGAUUUUAGCAACUGCUAUCGUACUUAUUAAAGAUGCAUCAGGAGGAUAUCAACUUGGUAGAGUUUUGUUGGAUUCUGGGUCGCAGGUCAACUUUAUCAAAGAAGAGUUCGCUCGUUCUCUUAAUCUUCAAAAGCAAAAGAAAAACGUAGAUAUCAUUGGCAUAGGGUCAACAGAAACCAGAAUAAGCUCAUUAACCCAAACUACAAUUCGAUCGCGUUAUUCUGCAUUCGAACUUUCGCUAGAAUUUCUUGUUGCACCUUCCAUCACUGGAUACCAACCUGAUGUUACUCUGGACGUUACUAAUUGGAAUAUACCGAAAAAUAUCGAGCUUGCUGACGAACAGUUCAAUCAGCCAGCUGCAAUCGACAUUCUUCUUGGAGCCGAAGCCUUUUUCGGAUUGUUGCUCGUGGGUCAGAUCAAAUUGGGUCCCGAAAUGCCGCUGCUUCAAAACACCCAUUUGGGAUGGAUUGUGUCUGGAAGGUACAAACAGCGUUCAGGAAAUCUAAGAAACAAUUGCUGUUUCAGCGUAAGCGAUGAUAACUUAAACGAAUUUGUGGAACGGUUUUGGGAGUUGGAAACUGUCUCUGGACAAAAAUCAAAAUGGACAGAAGAACAAACGGAGUGUGAAGAACUAUUCAACAAAUCUAUUGAAGAACUGCCGAGUGGACGACUCAUGCUAAAACUUCCGUUCAAAAAAGAUCCUGAAACACUUGGAGAUUCCUAUGGAGCAGCUUUUCGACGUUUUAUGUCCUUAGAGCGCAGAUUGCAGAAAGAUUCAUCUCUUAAAUCAGCUUACGUUGACUUCCUGCGGGAGUAUCAGACACUAGGUCACAUGUCUCUUGUUAGAAAUCCAGUCUUAAACGAACCCCACUAUUACUUGCCGCACCAGUGUGUGUUGCGCCCUAAUAGCUCUUCAACCAAAUUAAGGGUUGUCUUUGAUGCUUCUUGUAGAACAGCUACUCAGGUUUCUCUCAAUAGUAUCUUAAUGGUAGGUCCUACAAUUCAGGAUGAUCUUUUCAUGAUAUUGCUUCGGUUUAGAAUGCACAAAUACGUGCUGACUGCUGACAUUGUCAAAAUGUAUAGACAGAUCCUAAUUCAUCCAUCGCAACGAAAGUACCUGUACAUUCUAUGGAGGGAAAGUGAAGAGUCACCUAUAGAAACGUACGAACUGAAUACGGUAACAUAUGGUACUACUUCUGCGCCAUUCAUGGCGAUAAGGUGUCUCAAGUAUUUGGGAGACAAAUAUGAAUCUCAAUACAAACUUGGUGCUAACGUUUUGCGUUCAGAUUUUUAUGUAGACGACAUGCUAACCGGCUCAGAUGAUCUCAAUACUCUGAAACAAAUACAACAGGAAGUCUGGCAUCCGCGGGACUCGAAUUAUCCAAAUGGCAUAGUAACCAUUCGUUUACUUUGUCCCAUCAUCGUGAGGGCAAAGACAAUACUUCAACAGCUGUGGAUAGACAAAAUCAAUUGGGAUGCAGCUAUUCCACAGGCUAUUGAUACCGAAUGGAGGCAAUUCAUGGUUGAUUUAAACGCUGUACAAAAUGUCAAAGUUCCUCGAUACGUUCUAGCUGAUACAAGAAAACAUCUUCAAAUACAUGGUUUUUGUGACGCGUCCAUGAAGGCUUACGGGUGCUGCCUUUAUGUCCGAACAGUUAAUAGAACGGGGGAUGUUACUGUGAAAUUGUUGGUCGCAAAAAGUAGCUCCAUCAAAGAAGAAGCAAAUUCCUCGUCGGUCUUCAAUCAUUCUGGCUCAGAGACUUAUUUCUGGAGUGAUUCAUCGGUGAUAUUACACUGGAUCUCAACUCACUCAUCUAAACUCAGCACGUUUGUCGGAAACCGCGUCGCUGAAAUCCAAGAAAAAUCUAAAGGUAUAACAUGGAGGCACGUUCCAACUGAAUUCAACCCAGCUGAUAUCGUGUCAAGGGGAAGCUCUGUUGAGGAACUGAGAAACUCGUAUUGGUUUGCUGGGCCUCCGUUUUUGCUCAAACCGUCAAAUUAUUGGCCUACAAAUCCACAAAAUCUACUGUCUUCUGAAGAAUUGGAAAUGGAGAAACGGAAAACAAUAUUAGUAUGCAGCCAAGCACCCGAAAACAAUAUGGUCAUUACUAUCAACAAUUGCAGUAGCUACAUCAAGAUUAUUAAUAUCUUCGCCUAUAUUCUAAGAUACAUUAAUCAGCUGAAAGUAUGGAAAUCAAAGAACAUCCAGCCGUUAGUAAGAAAACAAAUGCUCCUUGAGCAACUGAAUAAACGAAAGUCGGAAAACUCAUCUGAACUGUCACCACUUAAAAUUGUUGAGCUUGAUAACGCGUUUAGUAACAUAGUCUACCUACUGCAAACCCAAAUAUUUCCAGAAGAAAUAGGUCAAAUUCAAAAGAAAAAGGAGCUUAAAAAUUCUCUGAAAUACCUUAAUCCAUUCUUGGAUAAUUCCCUAGGAUACCCUAUUCUUAAAGUUGGAGGGCGAUUAACGAAUGCUGAAAUUCCAGAAGAAGAGAAACAUCCGAUUCUGCUGAGUAAAGAGUCAAACUUCAGUCUAUGUUAUGCCGACUAUCUUCAUCGUACCAAUUAUCACGCGGGACCUAAGUCAUUGGUCACCUUACUUCGACAGAAAGUGUGA